CUCCGCGGAGCAUUGUACUCACAUCCGGGGCUGGGUUUUGCUUUAAUGCGAAACGUAAUUAACCCGGAAAAAAGAGCCGAGAGACAGGAGAGAAGAAGGGGAUAAAGAGUAGGGGGAGAAGAGCGUGAGGCGCGACAGACACGGAGAGUUGGGCAGCGCGAUUAAGAAAUCCCCACCGCCGGAGAGGCGGUCCUACUCCGAUGUAACCCACCCUGACUAGCCCCGGCCCCUGCACGGCAGGCCGCGAAACUUCUGUGCCGGUUGUGGCGUUGGGGCACCGGCCCCGCAACGACUACCCGGGCUGCGGUUAGGAAAGGAGAGCAGAGAACGACCCAGGGUGAUGUGAGCAGAGCCCAGGAAUGCCUUAUGUGGAUCGGCAGAACCGAAUCUGUGGGUUUCUGGACAUCGAGGAGAAUGAGAACAGCGGCAAGUUCCUGCGGAGGUACUUUAUUCUGGACACCCAGGCCAACUGCCUUCUAUGGUACAUGGACAACCCCCAGAAUCUGGCAGUUGGCGCAGGGGCUGUUGGAUCUUUGCAGCUGACGUACAUCUCGAAGGUGAGCAUAGCUACCCCAAAGCAGAAACCAAAAACUUCAUUUUGCUUUGUCAUCAAUGCCCUGUCUCAGAGGUAUUUUCUUCAAGCCAAUGACCAGAAAGACCUGAAGGACUGGGUUGAAGCCCUGAACCAAGCCAGCAAGAUCACUGUACCCAAAGGUGGGAGCCUUCCCCUGGCUACUGAAGUUCUCAAAAGCCUAACAACUCCUGCAGCCCUAGACAAGAAGCCACAGGUGGCCUACAAGACCGAGAUCAUCGGAGGGGUGGUGGUACACACACCCAUCAGCCAGAAUGGCGGGGAUGGACAGGAAGGGAGUGAGCCAGGGUCCCAUGCCAUCCUUCGAAGGUCUCAGAGUUACAUCCCCACGUCAGGCUGCCGUGCUUCUACUGGGCCUCCCCUCAUUAAGAGUGGCUACUGUGUGAAGCAAGGGAAUGUGCGGAAGAGCUGGAAACGUCGCUUCUUUGCCCUGGAUGACUUCACCAUCUGCUACUUCAAGUGUGAGCAGGACCGAGAACCACUGCGCACUAUAUAUCUCAAAGAUGUUCUCAAGACCCAUGAGUGUCUGGUCAAAUCUGGUGAUCUCUUAAUGAGGGACAACCUGUUUGAAAUAAUAACAAGCUCCCGGACCUUCUACAUACAGGCGGAUAGUCCAGAAGACAUGCACAGCUGGAUUAAGGAGAUUGGGACAGCUGUCCAGGCCCUCAAGUGCCACCCCAGAGACAUAUCCUUUUCCAGAUCCAUUUCUUUGACUCGACCUGGAAGCUCCAGCUUCACAGGGGGGCCUAACUCUGUCUUCUGCAGAGGGCGGCCACCUGUGGAAGAGAAGAAAACCCUCUGCAAAGCCCCUUCUGUGGCCUCUGCUUGGCAACCCUGGACACCUGUCCCCCAGGCUGGGGAAAAGCUGCUUCCAGCUGAAGAGACUCCAGAGGACUCUUUGUUCAUGCCUCGACUUGGGGAGAGCAGUACUGCUGGGGUGUUGUCAGGCUCCCGAAUAAGGCACAGAUCAGAGCCCCAGCACCCCAAGGAGAAACCCUUUGUGUUCAACCUUGACGAUGAAAACAUACGGACCUCUGAUGUGUGAUGAAGCACAGUGCCAUGGGAGGAAGUGGGGGAGUGAGGGAGGACUUGAGAGAAAGAGGCUGUGGCUCAUUUUCUCUCCUUGUUGGAGGACAGUCAGAGCCCUUAAUGGCACUCAUAUUCCUGUGGAAGCUGUGUGGGAGGGGCCCAGCCAAGUGGCUUUUUUUUCCCUUUUUUUAUAUUAUCAAUGCAGUAUAUUUAAUUUGGGGGAAAUCACUAGGUUAGAUCUGUAGGCAUACUCAGUGAAGAGAGAGCGGCUUGCCUCUUGUUGAUCUAUUCCAAGGUCUUUUGUGUGAUGGGCUAUCUUUAGCAUCUCCGCUUCUGAAGAGGUUGGGAGUCAUUUCACCCUGACCAAAUUGUACUUCCUUGUCCUUGUUUUAGUUUUUUGUUGUUGUUGUUUUAUUUUCAAUCUGGGCACAGGCUCUUAGGCCAGUCACCUGGUUUUAGUCCAUACCUAUGUAUUGGUUCAAGUUUGUGAAGCAGGUAACUAACCCAGCUGAAAGGCUGAAAGGCUUCAGAGUAGGGGAAAACCCAGAUUCUGGCUUGACAGGGAGCCGUUCUGAGAGGUAGUGUUUAGAAUCUGGAGGGUGGCCUUUAGAAUAUGUCUGCAAGGGUGGGUCCCCUAGGAUACCUCCCAGGAGAAGAGAUGGGGAUCUUUUUGAGGCCUGAGGAAUAAGUCAACUCUACUACAUGAGCCAGUUUUGAAAAUUACUCUGUUCUCUUGAUGCUAUGACCCCAAAUGUUAUAGAUUGAGGAACAGACCCAUUAGAAUUGUUUCUUUAUCAGGCCCCAAGGACCGGUAUCAGUGUUAAAUACUAUGACUGUUGAGAACAGAAAAGACAUUUCCCUUGAUAAUGGUGUUACUUGGAAUGUGUGGGGUUGGUAAGCGUGUGAUAAUUCAUGUGUGUGAUAGAUCAAUCUCUAUCUCAGAGUUUUAGAUAGGUUAAAAGCAGGUGCUGAGAAGAGAUGGAUCAUCCUGCUAAGUUUUUUGAUCCAUGUUUUCUGGAUAGGAGAAAAGUUUUAUUCUGGCAAAGACAUAUUGCCUUGAAUCCUUGCCUCACAGCUCUUUUUGAUGGGCCAAUAUUUGUCUAAUUUUAAGUGCAGUUUAUUAUAUACCUUGGCAGAUUUGCUUUCUUUUUGUCCUUUCUGUUGCCCUUUGGAUGGAGUUGUGUGUGCUUGCAUGAUCAGACCCUGUAAUCUGAUGAGGUUCCAUGUGGAAAAAUACAAAGAUAAUCUUGAGAUUAUAUUUUAGUGGAAUAAAAAUGGGGCAUAAAAGCAUUGAUUUAGAGGUUACAAAUUACUGACUAGAGAUUUCCCAGGAGUUGCCCAAACAAAUUUGAGGGCAUAUUUUCUUUCACUGGACAAGAUACUAUUUCUAGUGUCCUUGGGCACAUUUACCUAUCCAAUUUUUUUAGUGCAUUGCUAUCAGAAACUUAGGAGGGUUUCAUAAAGGGAUAGAGAACUUGGCUUAUUUCUAUCAGUAGCUUUCAUCAGCUAGAUCAGUUAAUUAUACUUUAAUUAAAAAUAGUGACUAGAGGAAGAGACUAAGAGGAAGAAUAAAUCCCGGUUCCUUCUUGUGUCCAUAUCUAAUGCAGAAGCAAAAACACCUGAAGAAGAAAUUUUUAGUGGCUUUGAAAAGAAUCAUGUUCUUCCAGGUAGUGCUGUUUUUCUGAAAUGUGUUUCACAUUGAGAACUCUUUCUGAUUUCACUGUGUUGGAGCUGUCCUUCACUUAAGUGUAGUCUUGUGGUCUUAAUCUAAAAAGAGAAAUCUACUGGAUCUUUCUCUUUUCUUCCCAUCUUCUUUUAAAAAUAAACUCUUGUGUACUUUUUUUCUCAGAAAUUCUUGGUUUGGGAAUUAUUUAUUUAUGAGUGAUCAACCUACUUCGAAUAGCCUGAUUUUAAGAAGCCAUUCCAGAUUUUUAAAGUUCCUUGUCUCUGGUUUCACCUUCAUAUUUUUCUCAAGAAAAUUAUUUGGCUAAUAAAUACAAGUGCACAGAAUGUGAUGUGGAACUAAUGAAAAUAAAUUAAUGUUUUAAGUCUCUUUAAACAUUCCCUGACUCAUGGAAAUGAUGUCAUCUCUUGGUGUUUGAAUUGUGAAAAUAUACCCAUUUUCUUUUUGUAAAUCUCUGCUAGGUUACUACUGCUUAAGGAAUUGACCAUUAUAGUAAGCUGAUAGGAUUCUCAUUUAGUAAAGUCUGUUUUGAAAGGGUGUUAAAUAUAAUCCAGCUAGUAUUAUCUUAAUAAAGGGAAAACAAGGACUCUUAUUGGUAUAUACUUAGGAAUACUUGGGAAUUCCAAGUUAGAACAUCAUUAACAUAGUAACAAUAUCAGAAAAAUAAAAAUAUCUUCCAUAAAGCCUAAAAGCAUUGCAUUCCCAAAUCUUAUUUCAAAAUUCCAUCUUUGUCCAUAUUUCUUACCUUCUGGCCAGUUUCACACCAGAGCCUUUUAAUAUGAGCCAAAGAUAGUGCAUAUAUGACCAUAGCAUUUAAUUUUAAAUGUAUGAAAUUGAAUCAAAUAGAAAAAAUGGGUUGGGGAUGCCAUAUGGGUUAGUGGUUAAGUGCUUAAGCUCUGGAAUAAAUCUAGAUCUAAAAAAAGGAACUAAAAAAGGUACAACUUUUUCUUUGGGGAAUGAAACCUGAUCUGAAUUGGCUCACUCUUUCUUUUUUUAAUAUUAUGUUUUAGUUAUGGUUGGACACAAUACCUUUAUUUUAUUUUUAUGUGGUGCUGAGGAUCAAACCCAGCACCCUGCACAUGCGAGGCCAGUACUCUACUGCUGAGCCACAACCCCAGCCCCUGAAUUGGCUCUUUCCAUGAGGCUUUUGAAGUUGUCCUGACCCACAUAUGUGUAACAGUAUUUCAGGUGGUCUUCUCUAUAGCUGAACUGCUUACCAUCCAUUAUUCUUGAAAACUUUGAUGGACUCCCUUACUCAAGGUGAGAUGAUAGUUGGUAAAAAUAGUUUCCCUUUUGCUUUCUGUGAGACAUUGUAGGGGCACAGAGUUGUACACCUUGGAGAAUGACCUCAGGUCAAAAUAGUGAAGUUAUACUUCUACUUCAGAGCAGAAUGCUGAGCUCCUAUGAGAAAGAGUAGAUUUAAGGUCUAGAGUCUUAGUUUACUGGAAGAAAAAGUUGGGUUUUUUUUCUCUCUGAAUGUAAAUGUGCUCUGAUAUGUAUUAAAAUGACCCCAUAAAUAAAUAGCAGAUUCAGUAGGUAAGCAGGGGGGUAUGAUGAGUUUGUUUUCAGUGUUAACCAGAUAAACAGGUAUAUGGACACAUUAAUAGCAUUUUGGAAAUUUAAUUUCUCAAGUCAGCUUUCUUUAUUAACUUUAAACAUGUCAGAAAUGAGCAGGUUUAUUAAAUAUUUUCUACCAACAUCCUUUUUUCCUCUUGGUCCUUUUUUUCCUGUGUUAUUGCCUGCAGCAAUUACAGUCACAGCGAUAGGUAGAGUUUGAAUGAAGCAACUGUUUGGCAAAAACAUAUUAUGUGACCCCUUCCCCCUCUGCUUAUGAAGAUGUGGCAUGAUGUUGUGUUAUGUUGAACCAAACUGUUUCAGCUGUGAAAUGCACUCACUGCAAGCACUGAGCUGAGUGCAUGGAAACUGUUAUGCUUCUCAUUUUAUGUGAUCUCCUAAUUGGUAUGUAGCAAAAAUAAUUUUCUAAAACUGUUUUGUUGCUUGUUUUGUAAUAAAACCAUGUGAAAUACUGUAA